AUGACCAAAAGUCAUAAGGUUUCGUUGCGGCAUAGAGGUGUUAAUUCAUUUGCUAAAAAGAACAAAAAUGAUGUAUUGCGAAAACGAAUCCGAAAAAUAAACGAAGCCAUCGAAACGAAUAAUAUCUCGGAAAUUCGUCAAUUGGCGAAAACGAAAACUGGUCUCGUUAACGACGGGAUACGACGUCGCGCCUGGCCGAAACUCUUGAAUAUUGAAACCAGUGAAGGCAAGAAACCUGGUUCCGGUGAAAGUCAAGUCACCAUUCACAAAGACGAAUAUCAAGUGGAAUUGGACGUUGAACGAUCACUUGUAAAUUUCCCAAAGGUGGUAACUCAAUCUCAGCGCAAGAGGUAUCGUGAUGAUCUCAGGGAUGUUAUAGUCGAAAUUUUACGAAGACAUCCGAAACUAUCCUAUUAUCAGGCAAUUAUUAAGAUGCUGACGUUAAUUGCAAAGAGCAGGCGAUUAGGACAGGCGAAAAUAUUGCCAUAUGCCAUGAUGCCAUCACUAGACCUUGUAUUGGAUCAAUUAUCACUUGUUUUUGAUCUUGUCCGUCUCGAAGAUCAUGAAGUUUCCAAAUUUAUUGAAACCUCGGGUGUGAUGAGUCACUUUUGUAUAAGUUGGUAUAUCACCUGGUGUAGUCACGACAUCCAAAAUAUUUCGAGUGUGACGCGACUUUUUGAUUUAUUUAUUGCUUCGGACCCAUUGAUGCCUGUUUAUAUGGCGGCGACGGUUAUAUUGAUGCGUCGUGGAGAACUCUUAUCGCAAGAAUGUGAAUUUUCUACUGUACAUUCUUUACUUUCCAAAUUCCCACAACAUAUCGAUAUUGAUGAUUUAGUGUUUCAAACAAUGAAUCUCUACAAGAAAUAUCUACCUGAUCCGUUGCAGAAAUACGCUCAGAUUUCGUUAUAUGAGAAUUGUUGCACAAACACAUACAAAAAUCAAUGGCUUACUAUCGAAAAUGGUCAACCUAUCGAUUACACUGAAGCCGAAAAAAUCUUAUCCCUUCCGUUUGCAGGAAGGAAGACUGUGCGAUUCUCAAAUUCACAACAACAGAGGCAUCUAUUUAACUUAAGUAAAACACAGAAAAUAACACUGGUCUGCCUCUCCGUUGUUGUCUUGUAUGGGAUCACCGAUGAGGACGUUUUCGCAUUUCGAUCAUUCGACAUAUUGAAAUGUUUCUCAGACGCAAUUCGAUCAAAAACCCUUCUGUCUAUAUCCCAAAGUUAUUUUUUCCAAAUCGCAGUUUUGAUAUAG